AUGUUGAACAAUACAAAGGUGAGUGAAUUCGUCCUCCUGGGACUAACCAGCUCCCCUGAACUGCAGGUGCCACUCUGUGUAAUCUUCACUGCUAUCUACCUCAUCACGCUCAUUGGGAACCUGGGCAUGAUCACAUUGAUUCUGCUGGACUCUCGUCUCCACACCCCCAUGUACUUUUUCCUCAGUAACCUGUCUCUGGUGGACUUCUGUUACUCUUCAACAGUCACUCCCAAGGUUUUGACUGGCCUGUGUAGAGAACACAAUGUCAUCUCCUUUAGUGGCUGUGCUGCUCAGAUGUUCUUCUUUGCACUCUUUGCCACUGUGGAAAGUUACCUUCUGGCCUCGAUGGCUUAUGACCGAUAUGUGGCUGUGUGCCGACCCUUGCAUUAUGCCACAAUCAUGACGAAGAACGUGUAUAUUUCUCUGACCAUAGGUUGCUAUACUGUUGGUUUUCUGAUUGCUUCUUUCCGAACUGCAGAUACAUUCAGACUUCCUUUCUGUAUUUCCAAUGUGAUCCAUCACUUCUUUUGUGAUAUCCCAGCAGUCAUGUCUCUGACAUGCUCUGAUCAACAUGUGAGUGAGCUGUUUUUUAUUCUCUUCUCAAGUUUCAAUAUCUUUUUUGCUCUUGUUGUUAUUCUGAUCUCCUACCUGUUCAUAUUUAUCACCAUUCUGAAGAUGCACUCAGGUGAGAGACACCACAAGGCUCUGUCUACUUGUGGCUCUCAUCUCAUUGCCGUUUCCUUAUUUUACGGGACUGUCAUCAUCAUGUACCUGCAGCCUAGUUCCAGUCACUCCAUGGACACAGACAAAGUUGCAUCUGUGUUUUACACCAUGAUCAUUCCGAUGCUGAACCCUGUCAUCUACAGCCUCAGGAACAAAGAAGUCAAGAGUGCGUUGAAGAAAGUGGUGCACAAGGCAAAACGCUUUCUUGGAUUAGUUACUCAGUGA